GUAACAGUAACCUUUGUUGCGCCUGAAUACGCAUCUUAGACCUCCUCAACCUGUUGCUGCUGCGUCCGUCCGUCCGUUAUUUUCUCUUUCUUGCUGUCAACCAUGGCUUUAUUCAGCUCGUGUUGUCGACUCUUAGUCUUUAUCGGAGUUACCUCCCUUGCCGUACUCCUCCUGAGACACUGGAUGGCCACUAAGCAGUAUAUUUUCAACCACGACGACAUCGCCAAACUGACCAAACAAUACGCGGGGCAGGACCACGAGCAGGCCUACGCGAAACUGGUUGUCGAGCUCAGGAAGAGGUAUCCCGGCCACAUCCUGCCAGAUGAAGACCUGCAAUGGGUGUUUCUGAAUGCUGGAGGCUUCAUGGGCUCCAUGUGUGUCCUCCACGCCUCCAUGACAGAAUAUGUGAUACUGUUUGGAACUGGAAUAGACACAUCAGGACACUCGGGUCGUUACUGGGCUGAUAUUUCGGAUACCCUUGUCUCUGGGACCUUCAGAAGAUGGAAGGACGGAACCACAAAGACUGAAAUGUUCUAUUCUGGUGACACUGUCAUGCACGAGAUGGGCGAGGCCGCUGGGGUCCAGUGGACCGCCGGGACAUGGAUGGUCGAGUACGGCCGGGGUUUCAUCCCAUCCACGUUGGGCGGGGCUUUGUUCGACACCCUCUUUUGCACCCUAGACUUUGUCACCAUGUUUCACACAUUCAAAGUCUACGGCAAAGCCAUGCUGAUGGAGAUCGGAACAACGUUGGCUGAGGCCGGAGUGUUCUAAAAGCAAUGGCGUGACACUGUUAACAAACCUGCACUGGGACAAGUCACAUCACAAGAUGUGAUGUUUUGUCUUAGAUAUCUGGCAUGGAAUAAAUUCUUGCCCGAUGAUUGUUUUAAAUGAAAGAACAUCCUUGAUUAUGCUUGAGUUGAACCAAGAAAACUCAAAACUGCAUCAACACUAACACCGAUACUAGACUAGAAAGGAAAAAUGUAGCCACACCCUUUGACAUUAAUCUUACACUAACAGGCUCCUUGCAAUCUUACACUACAAGAGCAUUCCUGUUAAAGCUGCCUCAGCAAGACAAUGAAGUCUUUUGGUGCUAAGAAAACAAAUUGCCUUGGGUGGUGGUGGUAAAAAAAUAAGGCUCUAAAAUCUUCCAAAUACUUGCGAAAUGCGUCAUUCUUUUGAGGGGUUUUACAUAACCUGUUAAAAAAGAAUCAUGGUGGUCGAUCAUCAGGCUUUUUAUCACGAUUGACUGUUGCAUAAACACUGCUGGGAUGUUGUCUUAUUUUACUUUGUGUUGUGAUAUUUUAGUGAAUAGUUGCUGUCUUUAUGUAGCUACCUUUCUGAAGAAAAUGUAAUCGAAAGCCAGACACACAAACGUAUGCAUUUGUCAAUUACUUUUCUACCACAACCUCUAAAUGACAUUUUUAAUGGGAUAAAUUCUCAAUUACAAAGCUAUAAAGUUUCACACUGUUCAGUAUAUGGUUCAUAUAAGUGUUAAAGGAAUGAAAAAAAUACUUAAAUGUUGCACAAAUUGAGAAUAAACGUUUUUGAACUAUA